CGGUUCAAAUCCUCAAAAACGACUCAACAACUCUCUCUCUCUCUCUCUCUUCCUUCGAGCUUCUCCCUCACCUCACCGAUGACCCAGUAACGCAAAGGGGCGAGAGAGAGGUGGUGCUUCGCUGCUCCCAGAUGAUAUGCGCACUGUUAAAUCGUGAGCUCGGGCUUGCGUUCCGGAGUUUCCUCGGGUUUCUCGACCGCUCGCUGGGCUUCGCCAUGGGCUGCUUCUUCGUCUGCCUGCGUGCCAGGGACGGCGGCGGCGGCGGAGGGCGUCGCCACCUGCCUCAAACGGCUCGACCCAGGAAAGCCGCGGAGGCGUUGGCGUCUCGGAAUCGGCUGUCGUCGUUGUUUUUAGCUGAAGAUAGAGAAGACGUUCGAAGCGAGGAUCUGGAAGAUCGCUCCUUUGGAACUCCGCAGAUCAGCAAGGAUGUCAAAGAUGAGGCUAAGUUCCUUAAAGCUUGUGGAACCUUACCGGAGACUCCUGCAGAAAUUCGGAAAGCAACAGACACGUUCAUGUUUUCACCACCGAAUCGCGAAGAUUCAGAAAGUUCAAAGUUCCACUCAUGGCUUCCUCAUACAUCUGUCAGGAAACUUCAGCUGACUAAGCCUACUGAACUUUCCCCAACACCUGUCAAACUUUUCGUAGAUUCUGGAAGUGAUUCUGCUUCUCAAGAGCAUGCGCCUACAAGCUGUAAAUCAAACGCUGAGAGCACUUUUAGCAUUCCUCUGAACUCUACCGAAGGCAGUAGUGAAGAGAAUGUGAAUAUGGCAACCGAGAUUCUAGCUGUAGAGAACAGCAGUGUUUUAACUCCAAUCACAACUUGGCCUUCUGCCUCACACACUCAGAAUAGGAACAAGUCGGUUCAUUUUGAUCCUGGCACUGAUAUAUGUUCGCUUAGAAUAGAUACUAGCCACGGUAUCAAAGAUUCUGAAUUCCUGGGUAAUCAGAGUACAAUGAAACUUUCACCUUAUCCAACCCCUCUAAAGCUAUCCGAUGAGAUGCAGACACCUGGAACUGUUUUCCCGGCGAACAUGGAAAAUUUACCAUAUGGAAAGCCAAGGAUCAGGUCUGAAUAUAUUUAUUCAGUUCCAAGUUCCUACCAGAAUAACAUGCAGUUGAAGGUUUUUAAGGACGAGGAUGGUCAUAAUCAUCGACCUUUGGGCGAGCUAAAUGAAUCACUUGGGCAGCCGGUAAAUGAAACAUUGAACAGGGGAACAUGGUUGGACGAGACUUGUUCCGAGCAGGGUUUUAAGGGUGAAACAACCUUGUCAGCUUGGCUGAAGCCGCCUCUUCACUUGGAAAAUGACGGUAGCAAAUUUGGAUCUGUAUCUUACAGGAAAACUCGUCUUACUAGAACUCCCACAGAUAGACCAAUCAUUGGGCUUGUUGCUGCACAUUGGAAGGAAGAGGAACAAUCUCAUGUCUCACAAAAGUGGUGGGAUGGGAAUGGAAUUCCUAAUUCGACUAACAAGUAUAAGGAGGAUCAGAAAGUAAGCUGGCACGCAACACCAUUUGAGGAGAGGUUGGAAAAGGCUUUAUCUGAGGAAACUUUCGUCUCUCAGAGGAAGAAUCUUAGUGGAGCACCAAUACCUCUUGAGGAUGCAGAUGGUGACACUGCCAUUUCUCAAUUGCGAUCUCCUGCCCAUACAAAGCCCGUUGCAUCCUGCUAAUGAGUGCAAUCCUGCGUUUGCGCUCUUUGUUCACCUAAUAAGCUUUCUUUUCUGGCUGAACUCCCUGAAGAGGCACAUUGUCCAUAGCCUAGCCUCGAUGAAGCAAGCGAAGGAUCGAGAUCGUGGUUGGCAGCAUAUCUAGCUGCUUCCAGCAUAGUGAGACAGAAAUUUUUGUAUAUUGCCGAAUUUUGAGUCCUUUUGUCUGAAUCUGCUCCGAUUUAUUUUUAGUUUGCUAGUCUCGUGGAAUGGAAGUACCGUCACAUGCAAUUAGAAAGGUUUUUCUGGUGCAACUUGAAA